AUGUCUUCUACAAAGGAGGAAAACCCAGGUUCUUUUGGAUCAAAAAGAUUUCGCAACGAUGCUUCACGUAAAGAUGGAGACUGGACUUGUUCUAAAUGUGGGAACUUGAAUUUUUCUUUUAGAACUGUUUGCAAUCAGGGACGUUGUGGGGCUCCAAGACCUCCCCUUACUCCACCUGCCCUAAUUCCAAGUCCAUAUAGAAAUGAUCAUCCCUUCUACUAUGGCGGUUUUGUUAUUCCUCCCCCAUCGUAUGGAAUGCCAGGUCAAUUUGGAUCCCCUAUACCACAUCCUGGUCUACAGUACGAUUAUGGUCUGUCUGGUAGGCCUGGUGCACCAUAUGGUCCAUUGCCCAUGUUCCCACCUGGAAGCUUUGGAGGCAUUGAUUAUGGUCCAAGGCCUAGAAUUGAUGGCCAUGGAUAUGGUUUUCAGAGUCCUCAAUGGGCCGAAGGAUUAGUAGCUGGUAAUUUUGCAUCUCGAAAACGCAGAGGAGGGCCAGGUGGUUCAUCUGAAGGGGACUGGAUUUGUCCAAAAUGUGAGAAUGUUAACUUUGCCUUUAGAACCACUUGCAACAUCAAGCAUUGUGGAGCUGCCAGACCCAGUUCAAGCCAAGCAAGUACUAAAGUUAUUCCUGAAGGUAGUUGGACUUGUAACAAAUGCGGUAACCUCAACUAUCCCUUCCGAAAUGUGUGCAACCGCAAAGACUGUAGAGCUGAUAAAACAGUUUCUGUCUAG